AUGAAUAAUCCCGAAGCUUCAGUCACGUUCCCGCGAUUUCCCCUCCCUUGGACGGCGCCAUCGAUCGCCUUACCGCUUCGCCGACGCUUCAGAUUCGGUUUCCCGAGUUUCUCUUCCGUCGGAUCGAUGGAGCUAAUGGCUGUGCCCAAGAAGAAGGUUUCUAAACACAAGAGAGGAAUAAGAAAUGGACCAAAAGCACUUAAACCUACUCCCGUUAUCAUCCGUUGCAGGAGUUGUGGGCGAGUAAAGCUGCCGCAUUUCUACUGCUGCAGCGUUUGCAAAUACACAAGAAAUAUGAGAUGGCACCACACUGGAGAUUACGAAGCAGCACGUGUCAUGAUCUUGUUGGAUAACUAA